AUGUCACGAGAAGCUUGGCACAAACGGAGUGUGGGGCCGUCCAGCUCCCCUGGAAAGUCAAGCAAGCAUCGGUCCGUAAACUCAUCAGAAGGAAAGUGGUGGAUAAAGAGUGUCAGAAGGGACGGUGGACGGAAAAGUAAGAGAAGUCCACGGAGAAGAUUUGAGCAAGGCCCCGAGAGCCCUAGAGAGAACUCAUACGAUGCAUGCAGAGACUCUGACUCCAGCUGGGGUCGCAGCACUUCAGUCACUUCCGGAUGGGAGGAGCAGCGCCCAGAGCGACACAUCUGCAGAGACUUUCAGAAUGGCUACUGCGAGUGGGGCGGCUCCUGCUACUUCUCCCAUGACUGGACGGAGGGGCACAUGGACCUGCAGCCGGUGAAGCCUGCCGGCAUCCGCUUCCGCUUGGCCCAGGAUGCCGCGCAGGUCUUGCUGGGCCCGCCGUGGGCGAGGCCCGACACGAGGACGAAUACCGGACCGAUGCGGCCGCGAAUUGUGGGAAAUCUCGAGGAGCUGGGCUUCUGCAAAGAGGAGACAUCCUGGGAGCCCCAAGGAGGCCUCGACUUAUGGUGGGAGGGAGACUGCUGGACCUCCACGGUCAUCUCAACGGAGCCGGAUCUGGAGAUCGAGUUCUGCGUGGUGCGCCUGGACCAGGCGGAGAGCCAUCCUGGUCUGAUGCAGGCCUGGGAGAGGACUGAGAUGCACGAAGCGCGACAUUUCACCUGGGGCCCGAGGCUGACGAUCCGCUCACCCGCGCCGGGUGAGGUGGCUGAGGUCUUCCUGCGCGCCUCGAACUGCCACUGCCGCGCCUCUUCUUGGGCGGCACCGCCCGUCUGGCUCAGAGACAGGGAGCAGCUGGUGGCAGGGCCAGGGCGUCCGCCGCUUGGUUCGAAGUGA